UAUGCCGCUAAUCGCUUCAAACUCUUUGGUAUUUAUGUCACAAUUCUUUGCUAUAAGAAAUAUGGCGGUUGCUAAAUAUCCAGGUUUUCAAGAUGGAGGGAUUUAUUGGUUCACAGACCUCACUGUUGGCGAUCCUUAUUGGAUUUUGCCUGCCAUCUCUGCAAUUACAGUUCACUUCGUUUUUAAGAGUGGUGUAGAUAUAGGCUCUUUAGAUGCGUCUCCAAUAAUGCGUCCAAUUCUCUUAUAUGCUUUUCCAGCUGUUGUAUUUGUUUUUGCUUUACAAUUUCCUUCGGCACUUUGUGUUUAUUGGGUUACAAACAAUGUGCUUUCCAUGUUUAUAUCGUUCACACUUAAAAGGGAUUCUGUUCGGCAUUUAUUGGAUUUACCCGAAACUGUUGCGUACAAUAAAUCUGGAAAGGCAGAACUUAAACAAGCUUACCAGGAAUGGGCAAACAAUGCUGCUCAACAAUGGUCUUCACGUAAAAAUAUUAGACAAGAGGAUUAUGAACAAUUUCAAAAAGCGGGAAGGGGAAAACCAAUUCUUUUAGUAGAAAAUCGAGAAUUAGAAAAUGAAGAGAACCCAAAAUUGACAAUUAAAAAAACAAUUUAA